CCCCUAGCACCCUAACUUUAUACAUUCCCAUCACUUUAUAUUUCACUCUCAAACCAGUCGCUGGUCGUCGGUAGCUGUGUCGCGUCAGCUGAAAAUAAAAAAAAGUAAAACCAGUUAAUUUGUGCUGUGCAAGAUUUUUAUGAAAUCCAGCUUCAGCAAAACCUACAACCAGCUGCAUUGAAAUUUGAUUUUACCGCCGAAAAAUAGUUAUCGGUUGACUUUGCUUAUAAAUUGUUGAAUUUUCUUCUUGUGAAUUUGUUUGUGCAUUAUGUUAGUGAAGAGAUGAGUGAAGAAGCAUAUCCAACUUGUGAAACUUAUGAUCCACUUGAUAUUGAGCUCAUAGAAGCAUCGAAUAAAGCAAGAAUAAGAAAUAAAAUGUAUAAGGAAGUGGAUAAGGAUCUUUUAAUUGAAAAGAUUUUAUCCAAACCAUUGAUAUGGAACAAGGGACAUAAAUCAUAUUCGAAUAGAAGAAUGGUUGACCAAGCUUGGGGACAGAUAUCAAGGGAAAUGGAUAUUCCAGAAGACUUAUGCCGAAAAAAAUGGAAAUAUUUAAGAGAUCAAUUUGCUCAUGAAAUGGGUAGAAUCGAAGUUGCUCGUAAAGAUGGCCUUAAAGGGAAACAUAUUGAGUCACAAUGGGCCCACUUUAAUGCGCUAAUGUUUUUAAAAGGAAUUACUAAACCAAGAACUUCAUUAGCCAAUUUACAGAGAAGGACAACAAAAAGAAAACAUGACUACGUACCUAACCCCAAAAGGCACAAAGCUGAAAUAGAUGAUAUUAUUGAAGAGUGUGUCGAUGAUAGAGAAGAAAAUGUUGAUUUUGAAGAAACAAAUGCAACAAAUGAAGAAACUCCUGUCAAAUGUGAAUAUAUAAGGCCAAUAAGAAAGUCAAUAAAAAAGAAUUCAAAUAUCUUGGAAAAAAUUGUGAAUGACCGCAGAAAAAAAGAAAACGAUGAUAUGCUUUUCUUUCGCAGUAUUUUACCGCAUGUCGAAAAAAUUCCUGACAAUAUGAAAUUGCGAUUUAGAAGUCGAGUACAAGAGAUUGUUGAAGAGUUCGCAUAUCCACAAAAUACGCAUAGCGAAAAUAACACCAUACCGCCAUCUUAUUCAGCUGAUAACAAUAGUACCACAAAUGGAAACGAAGCAGUAGAUAAUAUAGUAAUAGAGAACGUACGUACUUUAAAUUAA